CGUCAUUAUAGCCCCUACGGACGGAGAGGACGCCCCAUCUCGGAGAUUUCGCACAUCCCCCUCGCUCGCACCUUGCAUCCCACCUUCACAAAUUCACCACCGCCCUCUCUCCCCACUUCCGCCACUUUUUCUUCCUCGUCGUUUCCGCCGCGCUCCUGGACGAAUUUGGGAACUGCGGGGAGCCCCUGUGGAGGACGACUCGGCCUCGGCCUCGGCCGCCGGGGCUUUUUAUUGGGGGCUAUGGAGGUGGAGGACUCCUCACCGUCCUCCUCGCCGUCGUCAUCUCCUUCGUCCGAUUCCAUCGACCUUAACUUCCUGCCGUUCCUCAAGAGGGAGCCCAAGUCGGAACCGGCUUCCCCGGAGCAUGACUCUCUGCCGGCGGCCGCGCCGGCGCCGACGCCGGCGCCCGCGGCUGCGGUUGCUGCGGCGUACGUUGCCCCUACACCGGCAACGCCUGACCUGUAUUCGGCGGAGGUAAUGACGCCUCUGCAGUCGCUGCCGCCAAACCCUGACGAGGACGCCCUCUUCGCCGAGUACUGCCGGCUUGCGAGCCUCUACCUCCUAUCGGCCGGGUCCGGGGCGAUCGUGCCAGCGCCCACGCCGGAGGCUGCCGCUCCGGCUGUUGUGCAUCCUGGGUCGGGGUCUGUGGUGAAGAAGCGCCGGCCGCGGUCGUCAGAGCUGGUGCGGGUGUCCUCACUGAGCGUGCGGGAUCAGAUCUAUUUCCGUGACGUGGUGCGCCGGGCGCGCAUCACCUUCGAGUCGCUGCGAGGCCUGCUGCUCAAGGACGACGAGCGCGCGGAGGCGCUCGGCCUUGCGGGCGCCAUCGGGCUUGCUCCGGUGGACCGGCGUCGCGUGCGCGCCGACUUGCGGGCCGCGGCACUCAUGGCCGACCGAGACCUGUGGCUCAACCGGGACCGCCGCAUCGUGGGGCCGAUACCUGGGAUUUCUGUAGGCGAUGCAUUCUUCUUCCGCAUGGAGCUAUGUGUGCUAGGCCUCCAUGGCCAGGUGCAGGCCGGGAUCGACUACCUCUCAGCAGGGCACUCUUCCUCAGGCGAACCUAUAGCCACAUCUAUUAUUGUGUCUGGUGGGUAUGAAGAUGAUGAUGACCGUGGUGACGUACUGGUGUACACCGGCCAUGGUGGUCGAGACCCCAGCCUGCACAAGCAUUGCGUCGACCAGAAGCUAGAGGGUGGUAAUCUUGCCCUGGAGCGCAGCAUGGCCUAUGGUAUUGAGAUCCGCGUAAUCCGUGCAGUCAAGUCUAAGCGCAGCCCUGUUGGGAAGGUCUACUUCUAUGAUGGCCUCUACAAGGUUGUUGACUACUGGCUCGAUCGCGGGAAAGCUGGCUUUGGUGUUUACAAGUAUAAAAUGAUUCGCAUUGAGGGGCAGGAGCCCAUGGGCUCUGUGAAUUAUCGUGCAGCUGAGCACCUUAAGGUGGAUGCUCUAUCGAUGCGACCAACUGGAUACCUGAGCUUUGAUAUUUCCAUGGGUCGAGAGAUCAUGCCAGUUGCACUAUAUAAUGAUGUCGAUGAUGAUAGGGACCCACUUUUAUUUGAGUACCUGGUACGACCAAUAUUUCCAUCUUCUGCGGUACAAGGGAAGUCUGCUGAGGGUGGUGGUGGGUGUGGGUGCACACAUAAUUGCUCAAUUGGAUGUUAUUGUGCAGAAAGGAAUGGGGGUGAGUUCGCGUAUGAUAAAGCUGGUGUUCUUUUACGGGGCAAACCACUGGUCUAUGAGUGUGGUCCGUAUUGCCGAUGCCCACCUAGCUGCACCAACAGGGUUAGUCAGAAGGGGCUUAAGAAUAGGCUUGAGGUGUUCAGGUCAAGGGAGACUGGGUGGGGUGUUCGGUCUUUGGAUCUCAUUAAGGCCGGCACGUUCAUUUGUGAGUUUAGUGGGAUAGUGCUUACUCAUCAGCAGUCAGAGAUAGUGGCAGGGAAUGGUGAUUGCUUGGUGCAUCCAAACAGGUUCCCUUCAAGGUGGUUAGAUUGGGGUGAUAUCUCUGAUGUGUAUCCUGAGUAUGUGGCGCCGAAUCAUCCUGCCAUUGCAGACUUGAACUUUUCAAUCGAUGUUUCAAGGGCAAGGAAUGUGGCUUGUUAUUUCAGCCAUAGUUGCAGUCCAAAUGUUUUUAUCCAGUUUGUGCUGUUUGACCACUACAACAUGUCGUAUCCCCAUCUCAUGAUCUUUGCUCUGGAGAACAUUCCGCCAUUGAGGGAGCUAAGCAUUGACUAUGGAAUGAUUGAUGAAUGGGUUGGAAAGUUAACUAUGUAGUCGGACGGCAAUACCUUCUUUACUUUUCCAUUGGUGUGACAUUGUCGUAAUGCUUCUCUUGGGGAUCAUCGAGGAGAUUGCUGCUAGAAGUUACUCUGCUGUCUAAUAAUGGAGGAUUCUACAGUCGAGGAUCGUGACACCUUUCCAUGAGUCACAUCUAAGCUCUUUAUCAUUAACGGGAAUCAGCCAUUUGGUGUAUAUUUCGCAUGGCAACCGUGGUUACACCUUUGAAGCUUGAUUUUUGCUGCUGGAUGAAGCUUUGCACGGCACACACUGGGAUUCAAGCUUUAGCCAUUGCUUUUACCUCAUUGCUGUGGAAGUCCAUAUAUGUACAUAUAUCUGUUAAUUAUCUAGUAUCCAGGUGUACUUGUACCCUCUUGUGUUGCUAAAUGGUUGUACCUUCAUGAGUUACCGGUGCUGAAACAAACAAUAGCUCGUAGGUUUGUAGAUCUUGCUAAGUUAGGUUGUACAGGCUAAUUGCUUGCAGUUGCAGGGUACUGUGCAAUUUGGCUGUCA